CUACCUCUGGUGACGGGACACGUCUGUGUCCUUUGUGUAUAUGGGCACGGGUCCAAGAGAAGAUGGACACGCAAACACUCAAAAGGGAUGUGGCCCCACCACACAACUUACAGCACCCAAAGGAUCCACUGGAAUCCAGGUCAGAAGAUGCCUCCUCAAAGCAGUGGACUUUUUCAAAAAAGAUUUUUAUCCCUUUGAUUAUUUUUGUGCUCAUUUACAUAAUCUACCUCCUCAGUCAACAAAAAACUCUGAAUAUAUACAAGGCACCUCCUUUUUACCCUGACUGGAUGAAGAAGCCAGCAUCUCUCCUGGCUUGUGGUUUUCCAGUAAAAAAUGAUCCAAUCAUUAAAGUGAACAAUCAUAAAUCAUAUAUGGUCGGCUCCUAUAUAGAGCACCGCCAUAAUGUGAAAAUGAUACAUACAAUUGCUAUAGUGCUUCGAAGUGAGAAUGCAAAAUAUCACUGCUUGCUGUGCUGCAAUGGAACAAACAAAUCUGUACAGGCUACAUAUGAAAUUAGUUCUGACCACUUCGGAUUUGAAUACGGCACGGCUGAUAUUACCUGCCAAGUACCUGUAACAUGUACAAAACCGACACACGUGGCUAUCACUUCCCGACCAGUUAAAGAAGAUGGAUCUUCGCAGGACAUUUACACGUUACAACCUGUUAAGAAUCAAGAAAUGCGUGAAAAAUUUCCUUAUGAGUUUGCAGUCUGCAUUUCUGUCAUGUUUGAUUAUAACAAUGUCCUGGAGCUUGUGCAGGCCAUGGAGAUGUUCAAGAUACUCGGUGUCCAAAAGGUAGCUAUUUACAAAACUAGCUGCGAUUCUAAUGUACAGAAAGUCCUGAAUUACUAUGUCAAGCAGAACUUUGUGGAGCUUAUCCCUUGGGACAUAUCAUUAUACAUCAGUGUUUCUAGAGGCUUUAACAAGGCAGUUUCAUCAGGGCAGCUGCACUACUUUGGGCAAAUUCCAGCACUCAAUGACUGUGUGUAUCGGUACAUGUACCAGAGUCGCUAUGUAUCUCUGCAAGACUUGGAUGAACUUAUUCUCCCUAUGAAUGUAAAAAACUGGACAGAGCUCCUGCCUGAAUUGAAGAAGAAAUACAAAGAUAUAGGUGCCUUUGAAUUUGAGAAUAAUUAUUUUCCUCUUUCCAUCAAGGAUUCAAGCUAUAAAUAUUCACCAAACUUCUGGAAGAAUGUUCCCGGAGUAAACAUUUUGGAACAUGUUGUUAGACUAUCCAACAAUGGUAUAAAUAAGUAUAAAAACUUUAAAACCAUUGUUGAUCCUCGCUCCGUGUUACAGGCUACAGUCCAUGGCCUUUUGAAAUACACAAAGGGUAUUGUCUGGGUGGACUCUAAGAUUGCCCGUAUGUAUCACAUGAGAAACAUUUCAGAUGAAAUUUUCAAUAAAAGCUCUCAAAUACAGGACACACAUCUCAGAGACUAUGCGGACAGUCUGAUCCCAGCUGUUUCUCAAGUCCUUCAAGAAGCACUGGGCAUUAACUGAAGUACAUAACUAAUCAUUGAUAAACCAGAAAAUAUGUAAAGAUUUGCAAA